AUGGCUUCCCUCUGCAGAUCAGCUCUAAUGGCCGGCUCGAGAUCCAUGGCUCGCUCAAGAACCCUCAGCCAGAGCUCCCUAAACUCCCUAAACCCUGCAGCCAUGUCGUCUCCAUUUGCUUCGGCCACCAGAACCAUCCCUUGCGCUACAAGGUUUGUUUCGGUAUUGGGAAGCAUGGAGUCAAUGAUGCCACUUCACAGUGCCAUUGCUUCUGCUCGGCUCAAAUCCAACAUUGCCGUCGAUUCCACCUGCUGGAGCUGCCUUUCUCAAGUUGAGUAA